UCCCUUUGUCACCCCAGCCUGAAGAACUCUAUCUUAUCAGCCAAUCACCAGAGCUUUGUGGUGGGAAUAACCUACCGAGAGUGCAUGCUGCAUACUUCUGUGCCAACUCAUUAUCUUCCCCAAAAGUCUCAUUGCUGGUGAGCCAUGGAGCUGCUUGUAAAUGUAAGAAAAUGGAUAGAAGAAAACAAAGCUGCUUUUUUGCCCCCCGUGUGCAAUAAGUUUAUGCACUGUCAGCAGCUGAAUGUGAUGUUUGUUGGAGGACCAAACCAAAGGAAGGAUUAUCAUAUUGAAGAAGGAGAAGAGUUAUUUUACCAAGUGGAAGGAGACAUGUGCUUGAAGAUAAUUGAAAAUGGAAACCACAGAGAUAUCCACAUCAGCGAAGGGGAGAUGUUUCUCCUACCUGCCAGGAUACCACAUUCUCCUCAGAGGUAUGCAAAUACUGUGGGACUCGUGAUCGAGAGGAAAAGGCUAAACACAGAAACAGAUGGACUCAGAUAUUAUGUUGGAGAAUCAACCAACGUCCUGUUUGAAAGAUGGUUUUAUUGUGAGGAUCUUGGCACACAACUUAUACCGAUAAUCCAAGAGUUUUUCAACUCAACACAAUAUCACACAGGAAAACCAAAUCCAGAUGAUCUCCUGAAAGACACCCCUUUCCCACUAAAUGCCACUAGAGUCAUGGAUCCAUUUUCCUUCCAAAUCUGGCUAAAUGAUCAUCGUGGAGAAAUAAAUCAGAAGAAAUUCUUGACCAUGUUUGGAGACAAUUUUGAGACAGAGGCUAUAGUUUAUGUACAAGGAGUAAGUGAAGGAAGCAAAACGAAUGCCGAUAUCUGGAUAUGGCAGCUGGAAGGCACAUCUGUUGUUACUAUGGAUGGUAAAACACUGAGUCUAGCUGCUGGUGACAGCCUGCUCAUCCCUGCCCUGUCUAGGUACCACUGGAAGAGAGUGGAAGGAUGCAUUGCUCUUUACAUUGCUCAAGACCCAAUACACAAAAGACCCUAUGCCUAAUUUCUGGGAACGUAAACUAAACAUUGGUGAUCAAAAACUUUAUCCCACAUAGAUAAUUUUAAAGAUGUUGCUGACAGGGCUGCUCAGAAACUGAAUUACAUGUCUAAUAAAAAGGUUACAAUUAAAUUUUGGUUUCAAGCAAUAGAUCCAAUUAAACGUAAAGCUUGCAUACUAUAUGCUGCACGAUAAACUGACAACUAUGAGCUAUUUGGUUAAAACGCAGAACACUCAUUAUUCCAGAAGAAAUGUGAAAUUGAUUUAAGUAAUGCAGCCAAAUAUACAGAUUUAUAUACUUGAUCUUGAAAGCUGAAGCUAGACUAAUUCAUCCUGGAAAUAAGGUGUAAAUUUUUAACAGUGAGAGUAAUGAACCAUUGGAACAUGUACCCAGGGUUGUGAUGGAUUCUUCAUCACUGGCAAUUUUUAAAUCAAGACUGGAUGUUUUUCUAAAAGAUUGGUGCUAGGAAUUAUCUAGGGGAAGUUCUAUGGCCUGUGUUAUACAGGAGCUCAGACUAGAUCACAGUUGUCCCUUCUGGCCUUGGAACCUAUGAAUCUGUGAAUCCCAAUUACAGCAAAUUAAAGACCUUUCCAAAUAGGAGUCUCUUCUAGUAGCUCAAGGACUUCAGUGGGACGACUCGUGUGAGUAAUGGUUCCCCACUGGGACCCAUAGGUGUGGCCCUAUGUGACUAUAUUAAAGGAUUUAGAGCAAGGAUUUAGCCAUACCUUUAAGUUAUAAUCAUUUUGUGAGCUCAGUGGUGCACGUGGGAGAUAUGCAGCUGUCACAUACAUAGUCCUGUACAGACAACUGCAGUGGGGUGGAAAUGGGGCCAUCACCCAGUCCCCACUUGCCAUUUUGCAGCAUAAGAAGGGUCUGGUCCUUGUACUCCCCGGAUACCCCUUCAGAGACUGCAGUUGUAGCUGACCCUCAGUGUUCAUGUUUUCAAGUAAAUUAAAAGAGAUCAAAAAGAUAACAGUACAGCAUGACCUGAGCCUAUGAAAAUCUGGUAGGGAACAUAUCAUGCACAUCAAGUAACAUGUCAUACAACAUACAGUAUUGUAUGUAUAUCAACUGAUAUUGUGGCAAUAUGACUCUAAAGCACACAGAUAGGUCUGGUUGUAGCUCUCCAAAUGCCAAAACCUCAUUUUAAGGUGACCAGCUAUUCCUUUGAAAACCUGAAAGGGAUACCCCCUGCUACUCCCCACUUGAUUUUUACUUUGGAAAUAUCGGGCAUGACAAGUGGUUUUCACUGGUUUCCUCUGGGGUCUCAAAGAUUUUACAUGGAUCUGCACAUUGGAUCCUUUUACUACUGAAACACUGAAAAACAAGUUAGUUAGAAAGGUGGUGUUACCAAUCUUAACAUUUGUAUGUUUAUGAAAGUCUAAAAUUACUGUAGUUUGAAUUUUUCCAAUUAUACUAAUAAUGUAAAUUAAAAACAGACUGUUCCUGCCUAUAGAUUUUCAGUAUUUCUGCCUACCACCUACAGGGCUUAUUAAACUGAGCUGUCAUAUCUCUUUUAUGCUAUUAUUCAUUCCUUUGGGGAGAAGAUGUCAGAUGGAAUGACUUUAAUCCUUAACUCCUAUGGAAGGCUCACUCUAGAAGCUUUUCCAUUAGAGAGUACAACAGAACCUAAUUCCCACUCACAACUAUGAGACCCAUUGUGAAUAACUGAAUUUGGCUAAUAAGGGUCCCGUCUUGCUGUGCUUGCACAUGUGAGUAACUUUAACCAUAUGAAUAAUUACCAUUAAAUUCAUAGGAAUUACUCAUGUGACUAAAGUUAUUCACAUGGUUAAACGGGACUGUCUCCUCAGUGAGUAAGGGACACUCCUGCUCCUACUGAGGUCAAUGGGAGUUUUGGCACCAUCUUCAAGCAGGACUAGGAUUAGGGUCUGACCCAUAAGGUGUUGAGUAUUGAAGUCAGCAGGGGCAGAGGGUGCUCAUCACCUGGCAGGAUCAGGGCUUGAGUGAUCAAACAACAAGUAAAGCAAGAUAAUCAAUAAUGUAUGCUUGAGCCUGCUCAAGCCUGGGAGAAAGAUUAAACCCUGUAUGUACCUUCUUAGAUAUUGUAAUGUUUUAAAUUGUUUUCAUUAUAGUAUUUAGAAAUAA